AUGGAAAAAGAAAUGAGGAAGCUCAGGGUGGAGCUGAAAAGGAGCAGUACCGAGCAGAGCCUGAUCUCUAUGACGCUGCAGGAAAAGAGCAAGAUGAAGAUCAAUAGUUCUCGGGAAACUCAGCAGUAUUUGCUGCAAGAAGAGUUAUGGCAGCAUCUGGCAGAGAAGGAGAAGCUGACCGAGGAAAGGCUACAGCAAGAGAAGCUGAAAGCCAGAGUCAAGCGGCUAAUGGCAGAGAAAUCGGAGCAGUCCUUCAGUGAUCUAGGAGCCAAGUGCAAAGGGUCCCGACAUGAGGAAGUCAUUCAGCGUCAGAAAGAGGCUUUAUCUGAGCUUCGUGCACGAAUUAAAGAACUUGAGAAGGCCUGCUUGUCAAAUCACAAGGACCACAUGGAUGGAUCAUUUCUAGACUUAAAGACCUUCGGGAUGGAAAAAAAUGUUCGGAAAAUAUUGGAUGCAAAACCUGACUUGCCAACUUUUUCAAGAGUAGAGACCCGAACGCCUCAAAAUGGCCUUUCCAGCCCAGGGUCCAUCAUGGUCUCUGAGAAGUUAAGGAAAAUGGAUGUGGCUGACGCUUUAGAUCUUAGUGAAAAGCUGUACAUGGACAUGAGCAAAACCCUCGGGACUUUGAUGAACAUCCAAGGUAUGUCAGGUCACGUGUCCAUGAAAUACCUCUCCCCAAAAGAGAGGGAGAGUGUCUACCAGCUUCGACAAAUAGACCUGUACCUGGUGUUUGAUAAGAUCACCCUACUUAAGAACCAGCUGCAGAGAAAAGAAGAGCUUUUGAGACGAUACGAGAAGGACAUUGCACAGCUCAAGCAGAGCAAAGUGUCGGUUCAGAUGUACCAGUCACAGGUGGCAAAGCUGAAGGACGGCAUCUCCAAAGAGGCCGAAGGAAAGGCGCUGCUGAAGGAGGCCCUGGUGCACGUGGAAGAGCGGCUGCACCAGGAGAAGAGGGUCACCAGGGCGAUCAGGCAGCAGAAGAUGAGGUGUCUGAGGCUCAGAGACUUUCUUUGUCCAGAGCCACACAGCUCAGUAGGAGAGCUGGGAAUCAGUGCAGAUCUGACACCCAGUCAUGUGACAGGAAGGAAUGACCUCACGGUCCCCCAGUUCAAAGGACCAGCCCAGGAAGCAAGCACUGCCCACACUUCAGGACAGCCAGAAGCCCAGAUUGUUCAGGGCUGA